ACUGAUUAGUGAUUAGUUAACCCGUGAGGAAACAGAACAUGCCAAUUGUGUUCCUUCCUAGACCUAUAAAAUCGGAAGCAAACUAUCCUAAACUGGAGCUUGGGAUUUGGAAAAGACACUCCGCUGUCUGUUCUAUUCAAGGGGAAUCUCCAGCUAGGUUAUGGAAAUCUAUAACUUCAGAAGUUUAGCAGAAUUGGGAAUGGACCAUGGUUUUAGCAAUCACUGGUCCAUGAGUUCUCUGGACGAGCUUAGCACAAUAUCGUCCAUGGCUGCCCCAUACCAUGAUAAUCUACACAUGCAUUCUUCUCAACCCAUCUUCAGCCAGAAACACUCCAUGGAAAUGUCUCCAAAUGAUGCUAAUAGGCCGAUGAAGCAGCAAAAGACUAGCAGCUGGAGCUCCUCCAACAGUGAUCAUUUAUCAAAUGCCAACUUUCAUGUGGUCAAUUCUUCAAUUUACAGUGAUCAAGUUGCCACGGUGAAACCUAAGGAGGAAACCAUGUCUUCUGUUACUAUGAGCUUUUCCCCUGACAUGAUAGUUUCCCAUGGUUCAUACGAUCAAAACCAAAAUUACGUGUUCAAGGCUUCUCAAGGAGCUAAAAGGGUUAGCACAAAUGCUAGGCUAACUCAAGCUCAAGAUCACAUCAUGGCUGAGAGGAAGCGCCGUGAAAAGCUCAGCCAAAGAUUCAUAGCUUUAUCUGCUCUAGUGCCUGGACUUAAAAAGAUGGACAAGGCUUCUGUUCUGGGAGAUGCUAUAAAGUACUUGAAACAGCUCCAAGAGAAAGUAAAAACCCUUGAGGAGGAAGCAAGAGAGAAUUCAAUGGAAAGAGUGGUGUAUGUUAGUAAGUACACACUUUGUGAUGAUGGUCAUGAGGAUUCUUCCUCAGAUGAAAACUUUUGUGAUGAGCCCCUACCGGAAGUAGAAGCAAAAUUUUGCAACAAAGAAGUCCUAAUUAGGGUUCACUGUGAGAAAAGAAAAGGAAUUCAGGAGAAAACCAUAGCUGAAAUUGAGAAACUGCCUCUAUCGGUCAUCAACAACAGUGCCAUGACAUUUGGAGGCUCAACUCUUGACAUUACCGUUACAGCUAAGAUGGAGGAAGAAUUCGCCAUGCCAAUUAAGGAUCUCGUGAAACAUUUACGCUCAGCCCUCAAAAAGUUCAUGUGAAAGACGGGGUCCUGUUGGACACAAGUACCAAUAUAACUUGGAAUUAAUAAUCUGCUUAGUUACGAAGUCUAGUUUUACGUCUUUGUUUUUGCAGAAGCCUGGAAGUUCUUCACCCUUUCAAAUUUGACCAUAUAUCAACCUGGAAGCUAGCUUGUUUGCUGUGAGGUUCAUUUUUGAAGGAGGGUUUUUUCCACGUACCAUAUUUUUUCAUGGCUCACUUGUGUGGACCAUGCUACUCAUCCUCCUGUUGUAAAGAUGACCACAUGGCUCAAUUUGGCCUUUCCUUUUUUUUUUUUUUCAACUUGGGGUGGUUUGAAAAUUCAACCAAACCGAGUGCUUGUAAGGGGUAAAGGGUUUUAGUACUUUUUUGGGGUGGAUGGAUAGUCAGGCUUCCGUAUCAAUUUAAGGUAUUUGGUCAAGUGUUUUAGAGGCCUCCAUUGGAAAUGGUUCUUGAGGUCUCUUUCCCAUCUAUUCUCGUUUGGACUUGUAUGUAUGCAUCCACUCUAAUUAUGCACUACAAUAAAUGAUCAAAGUUUUUA